AUGCCACAUAAAAACUUACAAAAGCGCAAUAGUUCAGGAGUCAAUCGAUCAGCAUCUACCGUUGACGUGGUCGCUCUUGAAAAGGCUUAUGGAAAUUCAACUUCGGAUACUCACAGUGAUGUUGACGAAAAUGCAGUACAUUGGAGGGGUGAAGAGACAGUUAAUGAUCAGUGUGUUACAGGCUCAAAGUUGAUAAACGGGGCAAAAUCAGGCGACUUGCCGACGUUACUUGUUAGCUUGUUUGCUGGAGCUGAUGUAAACUCGUUUGUAGAUGGAACAACGCCUUUGCACAUUGCAAUUAAAAUGGGAAACGCGACUGUUGUUGAAUUCUUAUUACUAAAUGGGGCAAAGAUCACACUGGCAGAUGCGCACGGUGAUACAGCACUUCAUAUUGCUGCUCGAGAAGGGAGAACUUUGGAAGCAUGUCUUCUAAUGAAGAGAGGUGCUGAUAAAGAUCUGAUAAAUAGUCGCGGAGAAACACCGAUGCAAAUAGCAAUUGAUGGCAAACAUGCGGAUAUUGUAACUUUGUUUCGAAUCCACAAGAUGCGAGAUGAGCUGAGUGAAGAAUUCGACAACCCAAUGAACAAAACGGUAGAAGAGAUUAUUAACGACAUUACAAAGGGUGCUACAAAAGCGGCAACGUUACGA